AUGGCGACAGCUCACCAUACCGACCCUCAAAACUUGCCUAUUCCCGGCACGAUCGUGCUCGUCGACGUCGAUGGUGGUUUAGCUGCUGAGCAGCACGCCGAGGCUGCUUCGGACAUCAUCUUGUCACCAGUACCAUCCAACGACGUCAACGAUCCGUUGCGCUGGACCCACCGUCGAAAGAUGCUUCAAGUUGCCAUGCUUGUUAUCUAUACGUUGGCGACGGGCAUGGCCACCGCCUCCCUUUACUCUGUUCUAACGCCCAUCUCUGAGAGCACUGGCAUCCCAGUCUCGACUCUCAAUGCGGGCACUGGAUACAUGUUCCUUCUGUUGGGCUGGGGUGCCCUCAUUACGCAACCCCUGGCUCUUACUUUUGGUAAGCGCCCGGUCUACCUCAUCACCGGUCUCUGCCAUCUCGCUACAGUGUUCUGGAUGAUCUGGAUCAAGACUGAGAGUCAAUGGCUCGCAAACAAAGUGUUACAGGGGUUCUUCGCGGCGCCCAUCGAGAGUCUCGUCGAGAUCUCAUUCGCAGACGUGUUCUAUGCGCAUGAGCGCGGGUUCUACAUUGGUCUUUACGGCAUGGCCCUUUUCACCUCCAACUUUAUCGCCCCAAUCUGGGCUGGAUUUGUCAACGACGCUCUCGGGUACAAAUGGGUAUUCUGGGUGUCGGCCAUCGAGCUUGCAGUUGGGCUCGUCAUCCUGUUUCUGUUUCUGGAAGAGACAAACUUUGACCGCGGAACAACGGAGCUGGCUGAGAAGCACACCGUCGACCGAGACUCCACCCAAACCGACGUCGAGAUCAUCGGGGAGGGCAAAAGCGUCACUUCCGCCGGGAAAGUGGAGGAGAAAUGGAGCGAGAAUGUCAGUAUCCCAGUGUAUCAACACCUCUACGGCACGCCCUACACUUGGCCGCAGCGUCUCCGUCUGUUCCGUCGCCGAUGGCUCAGCUACAAGACCAUGUUCACGAUGAUGUACCGUCCGCUACUGCUUCUGCGCUUCCCAGUGGUGGUUUGGUCUGGUUUCAUCUACGGUGCUGCCCUCGUCUGGUUCAACGUGCUGAACGCGACAUCGUCAAUGAUCUUCACUGGGACGUAUAACUUCUCCGCCUCCAUGGUGGGUCUGACGUACUUUGGCCCCACGAUUGGCGCGAUACUGGCUUGGGUGUGGAGCGGCUGGGUCUCAGACAAGUUCUCGAUCUUCUUUGCGCGGCGCAAUAAGGGCGUCCGGGAACCGGAAGAGCGCCUGUGGCUUUUGACCAUGAACACGAUCGUGCUGCCAGCAGGCCUUAUCCUCUGGGGCGUCGGCGCCGCGCACCACGUCCACUGGUUCGGUCUUGUAGUGGGCUUCAUGCUCAUCGCGUUCACAUCAGCAACUGGCGGCGCAUUUGCUAUCAGCUACGCUCUCGACUCUUACAAAGACCUCGGUGGUGAGGUCAUGGUUACCGUGAUGAUCAUUAGAAACUCUCUUUCGUUUGCUAUCGGAUACGGCAUCACCCCAUGGCUCACCAUGGGGUACCAAAACACAUUCAUCACCGCGGCCAUGGUCGGCAUGGCCAUUUAUGCUUCAUUCCUCAUAGUCGUCAAGUAUGGCAAGGCUUGGAGGUCCAAGUCUCGCAAGGCUUAUUGGGGUUAUGUCCAAACCAGUGUCAUGGCAGGUCACUAA